AUGGAUGAUCACGUAUUUCCGGCUUCAUUGGCCAAUAAUAAAGUAAUUCAAGAUUCAUUACCAAGAUGUAGUGGAUGUGAAGGCAUUAUAUUUGAUCGUUUUAUAUUGAAACUUGGCCAUGAAGAAAAUGAACAACGACAUACAUGUUGGCAUUCAGGAUGUCUAGUUUGUUCAGAAUGUAAUAUAAAUUUAGCUGUAAAAUGUUAUAUGAAAAAUGGCCAACCAUAUUGUAAGGAUGAUUUCUAUAAACGUUUUGCCAAAACAAGAUGCGCCAAUUGUGAACUUGGUAUUGCACCAACGGCCAUUGUAAGACGAGCACAAGAUAAUGUUUAUCAUUUACAAUGUUUCAAUUGUAUACUAUGUAAACGUGCAUUGAAUACAGGCGAUGAAUUCUAUUUGAUGGAAGAUAAUAAGCUUGUCUGUAAAUCCGAUUAUGAAUCAGCUAAACAAAGAGAAUCAUCAUCAAAACGACCACGUACAACCAUAACGGCCAAACAAUUAGAAACACUUAAAUUGGCAUAUAAUAGUUCACCAAAACCGGCUAGACAGAUACGUGAACAAUUAAGUCACGAUACUGGAUUAGAUAUGCGUGUUGUACAGGUUUGGUUCCAAAAUCGUCGAGCUAAAGAAAAACGAUUGAAAAAAGAUGCACAUUCAAAAUCACCAACAAAUUUAAUGACAAAUAAUGGAAAUGGAAAUGGUUCACAUACAAGUCCACAUCCAUCAUCACCAUCAAGUUCACGUUGGUCAUCCAAUGGUGGUUGUAAUGGUAUAUCAUCAUUGGAUACAAUGCCAGCAAGUAAUGCAUCAUCCACAUUAUUAGCUAAUGAAACAUCAACAUCAUUGAUUUAA